AUGCGUUGGGGGCUGCACCCGCGCGGGCCGGGGGCGGCGGCUCUGGCCACGGCCCGAAAUCUGUGGGUGCCGCCCCAUCUUCGUUGUCACCCGGGAUGGCGAGGGACGACGAGGAGGCUUUUGGUGCGGCCAGUCACCGGGGCCAGUAACCAGCUGCAGAACUCGAGUAAUGGCAGAUAUCGGGACACAGUGCUGCUGCCGCAGACCAGCUUCCCCAUGAAGCUGCUGGGCCGCCAGCAGCCCGACACGGAGCUGGAGAUCCAGCAGAAAUGUGGAUUUUCAGAACUUUAUUCAUGGCAAAGAGAAAGAAAAGUAAAGACAGAAUUUUGUCUUCAUGAUGGACCUCCUUAUGCAAAUGGUGACCCACAUGUUGGACACGCUUUAAAUAAGAUUUUGAAGGAUAUAGCCAAUCGAUACCAUAUGAUGAGAGGUUCCAAAAUACAUUUUGUGCCAGGCUGGGAUUGUCAUGGGUUACCCAUUGAAAUAAAAGUAUUGUCAGAACUUGGUGGAAAAGCUCAGAAUCUUUCAGCUGUAGAAAUUAGAGAAAAAGCUAGAUCAUUUGCUGAAGCAGCAAUUGAGAAACAGAGAUCAGCAUUUAUUCGUUGGGGAAUAAUGGCGGAUUGGAAUAAUUGCUACUAUACAUUUGAUGGAAAAUAUGAGGCCAAACAGUUGAGACUUUUCUACCAAAUGUAUGAGAAGGGCUUGAUUUAUCGAUCUUACAAACCUGUGUUUUGGUCUCCUUCAUCAAGGACUGCAUUGGCUGAAGCAGAACUUGAGUAUAAUCCUGAACAUGUCAGUCGCUCAAUAUAUGUAAAAUUCCCUCUCUUGAAACCUUCUCCCAAGUUGGUAUCUCUCAUAGAUGGUUCAUCUCCUGUUAGUUUUUUAGUCUGGACCACCCAGCCUUGGACAAUUCCUGCCAAUCAAGCUGUUUGUUAUAUGCCAGACUCAAAGUAUGCUGUUGUGAAAUGUUCCAAAUCUGGGGACCUGUACAUACUUGCUGCAGAUAAAGUAACAUCCAUUGCUUCUGUUUUGGAAACAACACUUGAAGUUAUUUCAACAUUUUCAGGUGUAGAUUUGGAAAAUGGUACUUGUACUCAUCCUUUAAUUCCUGGUAAAGCCUCUCCUCUUUUACCUGCAAAUCAUGUGACCAUGACAAAAGGAACAGGGUUGGUUCACACAGCCCCAGCCCAUGGUAUGGAAGAUUACAGUGUAGCUUCUCAACACAACCUGUCCACGAUGCUUCAGGCUUCAAAACAUUUGUUGAAAGAGGAGAAAUUGGUACACAGCUAUCCCUAUGACUGGAGGACUAAGAAACCAGUGGUUAUUCGUGCCAGCAAGCAGUGGUUUGUAAAUAUCACGGAUAUCAAGGCUACAGCCAAGGAAUUGUUAAAAAAAGUGAAAUUUAUUCCUGGAUCAGCACUGAAUGCCAUGGUUGAAACGAUGGACAGACGGCCGUAUUGGUGUAUAUCAAGGCAAAGAGUUUGGGGUGUUCCAAUCCCUGUGUUUCAUCACAAGACAAAAGAUGAAUUCUUGAUCAACAGCCAAACCACAGAGCAUGUUAUUAAACUAGUGGAACAACAUGGCAGCGAUGUCUGGUGGACUCAUCCCCCUGAGCAGCUUCUUCCUCAGGAAGUCUUAUCGCAGGUCGGUGGUCCUGAUGCCUUGGAGUAUGUGCCUGGUCAGGAUAUCUUGGACAUCUGGUUCGAUAGUGGAACUUCAUGGUCUUGUGUUCUUCCAGGUACUGACCAAAGAGCAGAUUUGUACUUGGAAGGAAAAGACCAGCUUGGUGGUUGGUUUCAGUCUUCUUUAUUAACAAGUGCGGCAACAAGGAAAAAAGCACCUUUUAAGACAGUGGUUGUUCAUGGCUUUACCCUUGGAGAAAAGGGAGAAAAGAUGUCCAAGUCUCUUGGGAAUGUCAUUGAUCCUGAUGUGGUCAUCAAUGGAGGACAAGAUCAAAGCAAAGAGCCUCCCUAUGGUGCUGAUGUCCUUCGCUGGUGGGUGGCCGAGUCCAACGUCUUCACUGAAGUGACCAUUGGUCCAGCUGCACUUAAUGCUGCCAGAGAUGAUAUUAACAAGCUUAGGAAUACACUCCGCUUUCUUUUGGGAAAUGUCAGUGGUUUCAACCCAGAAACAGAUGCCAUUCCUGUUAACGAUAUGUAUGUCAUAGACCAGUAUAUGCUACACUUACUGCAGGAUUUAGCAAACAAGAUUACCGAUUCAUACAAACAGUAUGAUUUUGGAAAAGUUGUUCGGCUGUUACGAGCAUUUUAUACCAGAGAACUCUCCAACUUUUAUUUCAGCAUAAUCAAAGACAGGCUCUACUGUGAAAGCGCCGGCGACCCCGGACGGCGCUCCUGCCAGACCGCCCUGGCUGAAAUCUUGGACGUGAUGGUUCGUUCUUUUGCUCCCAUUCUUCCUCACCUGGCUGAGGAAGCGUUCCAGCACAUACCUUACGUCAAAGAGAAAAAGUCACUNUUUCGUACUGGGUGGAUUCGAACAAGUUCUAUCUGGAAGAAGCCAGGAUUAGAGGAAGCAAUAGAGGGCGCGUGUGCAAUGAGAGAUUCAUUUCUUGGAAGCAUCCCUGGUAAAAAUGCCGCCGAGUACCAGGUUACCAUUGUGAUAGAGCCCGGGCUGCUUUUUGAGAUAAUAGAGAUGCUACAAGCUGAGGAGACUUCCAGCACCUCUCAGUUGAAUGAAUUAAUGAUGGCUUCCCAGACGACUUUACUCCCUGAGGAACCACGAACACUAACGACAGAUGUGAUUGAGCACAAAGGGACGUUUCUGAUCAAUUUAGAAGGUGGGGAUAUUCGCGAAGAGUCUUCCUAUAAAGUAAUCGUCAUGCCGACCACCAAAGAAAAAUGCCCCCGUUGUUGGAAGUACACCGCCGACUCUUCAGACGCGCUCUGCCCCCGGUGCACGCAAGUCGUCGCUGGAAGGGCAUAG